AGCAGCAGCAGCAGCAGCAGCAGCAGCAGCAGAAGAAGAAGAAGAAGAAGAAGAAGAAGAAGAAGAAGAAGAAGAAGAAGAAGAAGAAGAAUAAGUGUUGUUGUUUAUUUGUUUGUUAGUCUCAGAAGCAGCCGUGUAGCUCGUCACUGAACGUUUCCCUUCCGGUGUUUUACUGAGGUUACUUCUUCUGCUCGAGCCGUGAUGACGUCAGACGACACAGCUCAGUUUUACACCUGUGACUGUUUCACGACUGACAACUUGUUCCUGGAGGACUACAGCCUCCAUGUCCGCUUCGUGUCGGAGCAGCAGUUCAGGCUGGACUACGAGGCACUGCUGAGGAGGCUCGGCUGUGUGACGGACCAGCAGUUUGAGGAUGUGCUCAACAAGAUUUCACAGGAAGUGGACCGGCGAAGGCGUCUCAGCGCGACUUCUGCCGAGAGAACUGCUGCUAUAAAAGACGUGUACCGACCUCUCCAUCCUCACGUCUACCAUCUGCAGGAGUCCUACCUCGCACCGAAGUUCAGACAGAUUGUGGAGUUCUGUCGAGGCGGCGACAGCAGCGUGGACGGUCUCUUGGACUUGUUGGAGGAAGAGGCAGCAGUCAGAGUGUAUCGCUUCCCCGUGUUUGAGAGGAGCUUCUGUGAGGAGCUGGUGGAGGAGCUGGAGCACUUUGAGAAGUCCUCCGCCCCCAAGGGACGACCCAACACCAUGAACCAUUACGGGAUCCUCCUGAACGAGUUGGGCUUCGACGAGGGCUUCAUCACGCCUCUCCGCGAGCAGUACCUGCGUCCGCUCACCUCCCUGCUGUACCCGGACUGUGGGGGGCGCUGUCUGGACAGCCACAAGGCCUUCGUCGUUAAAUAUGACAUGAACGAAGAUCUGGACCUGAGUUACCACUACGACAACGCAGAGGUCACCCUCAACGUGUCCCUGGGCAAGGACUUCAUCGAGGGGAACCUUUACUUUGGUGAUAUGAAACAGGUUCCUUUAAGCGAGACCGAGUGCUCAGAGGUCGAACACAGGGUCACCGAGGGUCUCCUCCACCGGGGCCAACACAUGCACGGGGCCCUGCCCAUCUCCUCUGGCCAGCGCUGGAACCUCAUCGUCUGGAUGAGAGCCUCGCAGGAGCGCAACAAACUGUGUCCCAUGUGCAACAAGAGGCCGACGCUGGUGGAGGGAGAAGGGUUCGCCGACGGCUUCACCAAAGACCCGGCGGCUCAGAAUCCUUCGUGUGUGCUGACGUGACGCGCUGAUGUUUAAAAAAAAGGGGUGGAGGUAUCAGAAAGACACUGUGUUACAGAAGGUGACGUGUGCUGCUGGUUCAACCAGACUAAAUUCUCUGUCAGGUGAUUUAACAGACUGUUGAAUGAAUCAAGACGACGCUGGGUGACUGCAGAGAGCCAUUAAAUGGAGUUAAUUAAAUUAACACUUUCUGACUGUGUUCCAAAUUGGAAUGAUGAAUAUUUAUAAUCUUAACUAUUAAAUAUUAAUGGUAUUAUGAUUCUGUGAUUCAGACCUUCAGUGUAUUUAUGAGACUUUAUAUUAUUGGACUGACGUUUGAAACAAUAAAAAAACAUUAUUACUGCAUCUUGAUAUGCAGUAUGAA